AUGUUAGGAAAAAUCACCAUCGAAGACCAUUUCAACCUCCCCGAGUUCGCCGAAAAGGCCAAAUGGUGGGCCGGACUCUUCGCCAUCGACGCCGAUAAACACGUCCGAGAAAUCAGCGACGUGAAGAACAUCCGCCUCGAAUACGCCGAUAAACAUGGCGUGGGUUUCCAUAUCUUAAGUUACACUGCCCCGGGAAUCCAAGAUAUUGUUGAUCCGGUCGAAGCUCUUCGAGUCGCGGCACUCACCAACGAUUAUAUUCACGAGCAGAUCAAAGAUUAUCCCGACCGAUAUGGAUCCUUUGCCGCACUACCCAUGCAUGAUCCCGCUGUUGCGGCGAAGGAAUUGAGGAGAUGUGUAACCGAGUAUGGAUUUAAGGGGGCUUUAGUGAAUGAUAAUCAAAUCGCUAGUGAUGGGGAAUCGAUCAUUUUCUACGAUCAACCGGAAUGGGAUGUUUUCUGGCAAGAGUGUGUAGAUUUAGAUGUUCCUUUUUAUCUGCACCCCAAACAGCCUACGGGUAAGGUGUAUGAUACUUUAUGGGCGGAUCGCAAGUGGUUGGUUGGGCCGCCGCUGAGUUUUGCGAAUAAUGUUUCGCUGCAUUUGAUGGGGAUGGUGGUGAAUGGGGUUUUUGAUCGGAAUCCCAAAUUGAAAGUUAUCGUGGGACAUCUGGGAGAACAUAUUCCAUUUGAUUUGUGGCGGAUCAAUCAUUGGUUUGAGGAUGUUAAGAAACCCUUGGGAAUGCCGAUUAAGAAGACUAUUUACGAUUAUUUCCGGGAGAAUAUUUGGAUUACUACUAGUGGACACUUUUCGACGUCGACGUUGAAAUAUUGUAUCGAGGAGUUGGGGUCGGAUCAUAUUAUGUUUUCGACGGAUUACCCGUUUGAGUGUUAUGAGGAUGCGUGUUCGUGGUUUGAUGGGUUGGAUUUGAGUCCGAAGGUCAAGAUGGAUAUUGGGAGAGAUAAUGCAAAAGAGUUGUUCAAGCUGGAUGGAUUCAAGGAUCAAAAUGAGGAAAUAAAGAGUUAG